CGGCCCACUCAGACCGCACGUGCACUCUCCAGAAUGCUGUCCCGCAAGGCCACGGCCAUCCUGCUGGUAGUGCAUGCAGCCGCCAUGCUGGCCUCCCAGACAGAGGCCUUUGUUCCCAUCUUCACCUAUGGCGAAGUCCAGAGGAUGCAGGAAAAGGAGAGGUACAAGGGGCAAAAGAAAUCCCUGAGUGUACAGCAGAGGUCAGAGGAGGUGUACCCCGAGGAGCCUUGGGAAGAAAAACAGGAAGUUAUUAAGCUGACUGCUCCUGUAGAAAUUGGAAUGAGGAUGAACUCCAGGCAGCUGGAAAAGUACCAGGCCACCCUGGAAGGGCUGCUGCGCGAGGUGCUGCCAUCCUCCCGGAACGCCCGGUGA